CGUUCGGCAGGUGUGAUGUUUGCUCCUUCCGCAUGCGGCUUGGCAGCCGGGGUCUACAACUGCCAAGGGCGGGAACGUUGGGUCGCAUCGAGUCAGACGAGUGGCUGUCGUGAAUUCUCGCACUCUCCCCUCCCCAGGUUGGCGUCGCAUUGCUUGCAUGGCUCGUCGUGACUUUCGCCCGCACGUUCUGGCCCUGCCUUGUGGCUGUGGCGGCAGCCGUUUGGUCAAUCCCCAAUCAUACAUAAAAGGGCUUCCGCCUUGGCCUCGGUCGCUCCGUCUCGCUCGUUGCCUCCCCACGCCGCUCGCAAUCAUGAAGCUGAUCACUACCCUCGCCGCCGCCUCGGCUCCCCUGCUGACCUCGGCCUGUCUGUUGCCCGAGGGGCGCGACGGCUCGACGAGCAGCCCCAUCGGCCGCCGCCAGGCCUCGACCAGGAACGGCAUCCCCGUCGGCACCGGCGACCGCUUCAACGGCGGCACCGUCGCCCCCCGCGGCCUCGGCACCCAGGCCUCCAGCACAGCCUACACGUCACUCCUGAGCGUCAAGGAGAUCGAGACGGGCUUCCAGGCCCUGGCCACCACGUACGGCUUCGACACCUUCAACAGCCCCUCCAAGACGUACGAGGGCCGGACCGUCUUUGGCGGCAAGAUCGGCGGCGCCGGCGGCAAGUGCAACGACGCGUACCGCGUCUUCAUCAACGCCGCCAUCCACGCCCGCGAGCGCGGCGCCUCGGACGGCCUGCUGUACUUUGUCUCGGACCUGCUCUACGCCAACAAGAACAAUGUCGGCCUCACCUACGGCCGGAAGGCCUACACGGCCGCCGACGUUAAGAAGGCCCUCUCGGCCGGUUUGGUCUUCAUCCCGCUGUCCAACCCUGACGGUGUGGCCUAUGACCAGUCUAGCAACAGCUGCUGGCGUAAAAACCGCAACCCAAAGUCUUCCGGGGGCAACAGUGACGCGAUUGGCGUGGAUCUGAAUAGAAACUUUGACUUUCUGUGGGAUUAUGAGAAGGCCUUCGCCUCGAGCGUGUCCUCGUCGGUGGCUUCCACAAUCCCGAGUGCCGAAACUUUCCAUGGCACCAGCCCCUUCUCGGAGCCCGAGACCCGGAACAUCAAGUGGGUUCUGGACACGUACUCCAAGGUCCGCUGGUUUGUCGACCUGCACUCGUACGCCGGAGACGUUCUUUUCAGCUGGGGCUCCGACACCAACCAGGGGCGGUACCCCUACAUGAGCUUCCUCAACACCACCUACGAUAGCGUGCGCGGCAUCGUCAGCGACACACCCGGCGUGGGUAAGGGCUACGGCGAGUAUGUUCCGGCCGCCGAGGACGCCCUGAACCAGGGCGCUGCUAAGCGCAUCGGCGAUGGGAUGAGCGGGGCGGCUGGCCGGACCUACACGGUCAUGCAGUCGUCUGCCCUGUACCCGACCAGCGGAGCUUCCGACGACUACGCUUACUCACGCCACUUUGCCAACUCCAGCCUGAACACGGUCCAUUCGUACACCAUCGAGUUUGGAUUUGGCAACAGUGCUGCCUCGUGCCCCUUUUAUCCCUCGCAGUCGCAGUACAACUCGAACCUGAGGGAGAUUGCGGGCGGAUUCAUGGAGCUGCUUCUGGCCGCGACCGACCUGGGCCUGGGUGAGCCUACCAAGUGCUGAUUGAAGCGAUGGGGGCUUUCACGGUAUAUAAUGGUAUGAGGGGACGUAGGAAGCUUGUUUGAUGAAUAAUGACAUCUUUACCUCGCGG